AUGCUCAAAAUUUCCCUAUACGCGCAAGCAAGUGCACGAGGGAAUCCGGAGUUCCGAGAUCAAGAUCAACGAACGAAGAUCAAGGAUGCUGUUGAUUACGCCAAGAAAUCAGUAUGGGAUCAAGAAGAGAUCAGGUGGGCCGGAUAA